ACCACAUACGAGAAUUUCCGCUACAGAACCGAUCGUCGGCGCAAUGUCUACGAUCGGGGUUGCCUGAACAACUUCAUGGAGGUGUUCUGCACCAAAAUAAAGCCCUCGAGGAAUGACUUCCGCGCCUUGGUGCAAGAAGAAGCCCCAAGGCCGGCUCAGAAUGUUCGCCCCGGAGAGCCCGAAGACGAUUUAGGGAGCUACCACCGUUCGAAGGUAGAAGAUGACCUCGACAUUGGCGGGGAUCUGCUGAAGAUCUCCCAGCGGCGCAGCAUCGAGGAGUUCGACGAAGAAAUCGGCCGUAGAAACGACAGCGGGAGGCCCGGAACCGUUUCGGAGGCCGAAUUCGCAUCGGAUUUGGAGAAGCAGGUCCCGAUUACUGGAACUGAGAUUCCCAUAACAAGAACUGAUGCGAGGAAUUCAAGCUGGGGGAGGAGAAGCAGCAACUGGGAGAUAUCACCUGAAAUCUUCACGAAGAACUCUUCUGCUGCUGCGGGAAGCGGGAGUUUGAUGACGGAGAAAGAGAG